UACCUUUGUAGUCCCUGGCUGUAGUUGUGGUACCUGACGCUGCGUUCCUGGCCUGACUGACGGGAGCUAAACGGAUCUGGUCCGGUCCUCCACCGCCUCCGAUCGUUUGUAGAAUUUAUUUCCCCAGACUCCGAGUGGCGCCAGUUUGUCAGUUCCCGGGUGCCACGUUAUGAGGAACCUUAUUUAGUACCAGCAGACUUCGCGUCAACCAUCUCCCUAACCGCCGCGUGUCAAUGCAAAAUGUCCUUUAACAAGUCCGGGGUGGAAUAAGUUGCUGUUUGACCAUGGUGCGGACACGCCAGUCCCCCGAGAAGGCGGCGGACGGCGCGCCCAACGGGUUCGCCAAUGGAAAUGCCAACAGAUGCGACCUGGAUCCCUCCAGCGAGAAAACCGAUCGUUCCAGAUGGAGACUUCUGGCCGAGUCGGGCCGGCAGACGUGGCACUACUUGAAGACCGAUAAGGAAGUGGAAGCAUGGCCACAAAGCACCGCCGACAAGUAUUUCCUGGGUCUACCGACAAAUCUCCCUGAUCUUCCUCCUCCCUCGACUCUCUCAGAUUCAAUCGAAAACUGCCUCGAAUUCUACUCCCGACUCCAACUGCCUCCAGGGAACUGGGCAUGCGAAUAUGGCGGCCCACUGUUCCUCCUCCCAGGAAUUGUCAUCUGUUGGUACGCGACCGGGACACCAAUCCCGCCGGAGCGACAGAUCGAGAUCAGGAAUUAUCUUUUUGCCAGGCAAAAUAUCGACGGAGGAUGGGGUCUUCAUGUGGAAGGCCACAGUUCGGUCUUUGGCACCGCGAUGAACUACACCAUCCUCAGAAUCCUAGGGGCCAGCGAGGAAGAUUUGCGCAUGGUUAAGGCCCGGGGAAAACUGCACGAACUCGGCGGUGCAGUUAAUGGCCCGCAUUGGGCCAAGUUCUGGCUCAGUAUCCUAGGUGUCACAAAAUGGGAGAUCGUUAAUCCCGUACCUCCGGAGUUGUGGCUUCUGCCUGACUGGACGCCAAUUGCUCCCUGGCGAUGGUGGGUGCAUAUGCGGCAGGUUUUUCUGCCCAUGUCAUAUAUCUGGUCGAAGAAAUUCACCAUGCCGGAGAACAAACUUAUCCGAGAGCUGCGACAAGAAUUGUUUGUGCAGCCGUACGAGACCAUCCACUUUGGCUCACAUCGCAAUUCCAUAUCCCCAGCAGACAACUACCACCCGAAGUCGUGGCUGUUGAAUCUGAUCAAUUUCCUCCUCGUGUGGAUCUGGAUCCCGUUACUGAGAACAAAAUCUAUCGUCGACCGAGCCGAGGCCUGGGUCUGGCGGUUGGUGCAGUAUGAAGACCACAACACCGACUAUGCCGACCUGGCUCCGGUAAACGCUCCAAUGAAUACGCUAUGUUGUUUCAUCAAAGAAGGGCCCGACAGCUACUCGUUCCAGCGACAUCUAUACCGUCUGGACGAGUAUCUGUGGGUCAACAAAGAAGGCAUGCUGGCCAACGGCACCAAUGGCGUACAAGUCUGGGACACGGCAUUCACGAUCCAAGCGUGCGUCGAGGCCGGUCUGGCGGAUUCGCCCAAGUGGAAGCCCAUGCUCACACGAGCUCUGGAGUUUCUGGGGUCCGAGCAGAUACGCGAAGAAGUGCCCGACCGAGAGAUCUGCUACCGACAGGCCCGCAAGGGUGCGUGGCCCUUCAGCACCAAGCUGCAAGGCUACACCGUGUCCGACUGCACGGCCGAGGCUCUCCGCGUGGUUCUUCUUUUACAAAACGGCCAUAACUACAAACGACUGCUGGAAGAAAGUCGAAUCCGCGAUGCCGUCGACGUUCUGCUGACCAUGCAGAACAAACACACGGGCGGAUUUGCCAGCUACGAGAUCCAGCGCGGCUCGGAAUGGCUGGAGCUGCUGAACGCCGCCGAGGUGUUUGGCCGCAUCAUGGUCGAAUACGACUAUCCCGAAUGCACGACCGCCGUCGUCACCGUGCUGUCGCUGUUCCAGAAGUUCUACCCGGACUACCGCGCCGAGGAAAUCAAGCGCAUCAAGGAAUCGGCCCUGCAGUACAUCCGCCAUGCACAGCGUGACGAUGGCUCCUGGUACGGCAGCUGGGGCAUCUGUUUCACCUACGCGGCCAUGUUUGCCCUCGAGUCGUUGGCCUCCGUGGGCGAGACGUACGCCACCUCGCCGCGCGUUAAAAAGGCAUGCGACUUUCUGAUCGGCCAUCAAAUGCCCGACGGCGGCUGGGGCGAGAGCUAUCGCGCCUCAGAGCUCAAGGUCUGGGUCGACCAUGAACGCUCCCAGGUCGUCCAGACCUGUUGGGCCGUCAUUGCCCUCAUGUACGCCCAGUAUCCGGACAAGAAACCCAUCGCAAGGGCUUUGGCCAUGGUCACCGGCCGCCAGCAACCCAAUGGUGAGUGGUUGCAAGAAGCCAUCGAGGGCGUUUUCAACUGCUCUUGCAUGAUUACUUAUCCAAACUACAAGUUUUAUUUUCCUAUCAAGGCAAUGGGCAUGUACAAGGCUAGAUGGGGGGAUGAAAAGUUGUCAGAUCUCGUCCAAAGAGUGGUACUCGGAUUUACUUGAGUCAUCAAUAAGCGCGAUUUGAGCAGUAUAUUACUAGUAGAUGUGUUCGUGACUAUAAAUAAUUCAUAUUCCUGGCUUGAUAUAUGAAAAUAUCCCCCCUUGGGGAUCGACUCAAAAGGAACUAUAGCCAAAAUGUUCUCUGACGGACGUACUGCUGAGAUCCAACAGCG